AUGACCGGCAAACACCUGUCUCCUGACAUGCAAGAUGUCAUUGUCAGGAUGACCCUAGUCUUGCCUGUGGAGGAAAUUGUAAACUACACUGGAGUCGCCAAACACACUGUACAACAAAUCAUCAAAUACCAUCACAAGUUUGGCACCGUUGCCCUGGUACCAUCUAAGCUGGUUGGAAGGCCACCCAUGCUGAAUGAGGAGGACAAGGCAGUGUUGUACAGUGUCAUUCAAAGAGCACCAGACCAAUACUUGGAUGAGCUGGUGGAUGAGCUGCAAAAGUUACAAAACAUCAAGAUAACUGAAGUAAUGUUGUCACACUAUCUUGCCAGGAUGAACAUUAUCAUGAAGCAGAUACCUAAAGCUGCUCUUGAGCAGAGCAAAGAGAAGCAUGCAGAAUUCAAGUACCACAUGGGCCUGUUGUACACACCUGAACAGCUUGUAUUUGUUGAUGAAAGUGCUGGGCUCUUCAAGGAACAUGCAUGA